AUGUUGGCUGUUGGUUGGCAGGCAUGGGAGGCUGCAACGGACGCAGGGAGGAAGCACCUCCUCUCGAAGAAGUUUAUUCAGGCGCCGCUCUAUAUCUCGAAAUUGUGCUUCCAUUUCGGAGACAACGUCGUCGACUUCGAGGGCAUCUGGGGCAAAGGCUUCGGGGAGGGGCAGGAGGAGCAGCGCGAGUGUCACAUUCUCCCAGCCCUCUGCGACGGCAGAGAGCCGGUCCGGACCCCCAUCCUCUACGCCAACUACAACAAGGCAAAGAAGGCACCGGGGCUGCGAGCGCUUGACCUGGGCAAGGUCGAGGACGUACCGACGCGCCCAGGUCGUAGUCAGGACGGCCGCCGGCAGGCAGCCUUUCUGGGGCUGCCAGAAAUCGAGCCGUACCACUACGAUGCGGCGGUUGCGGAAGCAGAAGAGGAGAGGUGA